AUGUCCAUCGCCAUCUGGCCUCCCGUCUCGCCCGAGGAGCGCAGGGUCAAGGUGGCCGAGGCCCUGCAACGAGAGGUCGACUGGAUCACGAGGGAAACCAUCGACGCCUGCCGCGAGCUCAAGCAUGGCCUCGACGACUGCUACGCCCUCCUCGCGCCCAUCGACCCCGGCAGCACCCUCGUCAUGAGCACCCCGCGCAACGAGAGGGUCAAAGGCACCAUCACCCGCGUCGGCAGCCGCAUCGUCAAGGGCUCUCUCAAUCUCCAGUUCCGCACCCUACCCCCCCAGUCCAUUGCCCUCUCGCCCUCGUCUCACAUCCACAUCCACGCUCUCGACGCCCUCCACACAAACCUCACCCAGGCCAUCGACCUCCUCGCUCUCGACCUCGCCCGCGAAACCCCCCACGACGCGCCCUCGCUCGCCUCCACCCUCACCCUCAUCUCCGAUUCUCUUGCCGAGUCCAUCGCCCUGCUCAAGGGCCCGCCGCUCAACGAGCCCGACCCCAGCUGGCAGACGAGCUCCUGUCCUCCCCACCACUUCACCCCGCCCCUGCCCCCCACCAUCAGCGUCCACUUUGCCUUGCAGGAGAGCAGCAUCGUCCUGUCGCUGCGCGCCCUCGAGCCCGUCGACGCCCCCGUCCACUUCGGCACCAAGCUGGGCCUCGCCAUCGGCACCGUCCGCCGCCUCGAGCACGACGAGUCGGACGUCGUCUUCCGAUACAGACCCUCGGAGGUGUACGUGCGGGAAAAGGUGCGCAUCGAGAGCGCCGACCCGAGCCUCAUCUCUCUGCACUCCAAGCUCGGAUACCUGAGCCACAUGCUCAGUCAGAUGAGGAGCAAUCUGGCUGUCGUCAUGAGCGCAGCCGGGCUCGACGAGUGA